AUUUCUACAUCAGUGAUGAACCAUUGACUUCCUAUAAUAAUGCCCGAUCUUCUUUCCUUCUCCUCCAGAAGUUGUAUGCAAAAUUAUGAAGGUUAGGCCUUAGAGAUCACAUGGCUGUUUGUGGUGAAACCAUAUCCUCUCAAAUGUAGGGUCAGCCACUUGUUCCACAUGAUGUAUCUGCUGAAUCUAGCUGUGGUGUAAUAUUAGCUUGAUAAAAGUAAUUCCUUCUUUGUAUAAAUGAAGCUUGUAUGAAUAUUUGAGUUUCUUUCAACCAAGUUCUCUUUGUCUGAAGGCCAUUGUUUUGAAUAGGAAGAAAUGAAUAAUGUUUGAUUAUCAAGACACAUCCAAAUGGAUGAAGUCUUGCUGCUGAUUCAUUUCAAUAAGAAUCUUGGGAAUGGAACACUGUUUGUAGUGCUACUGACUCUCUGUGAAUCAUUUAUGGAUUCUAGGACAGCUUGUUUUUUAAUUUCUGUCUCCUGCAAUGAAUUGGUUUGGUCUCUGAUUUCAUUGAAACUAAUGGUCACAAUUCACUAAAGCUACUUUUCAUUUUCCCUCCCAUUUAACUCAUGGCAAAACUGCAGAAUGUUGGGUUGUUGUUAGUGUCUUGUUGAUGGAUAUUUGGCAUUAAAUGAAUCUCUCUACAUGAUCAACCUGAGCAUGUUUUCCUACAGUUUUGCUACAGGUACAAAGCAUGUAGGUGGGGAUGUAGGAAUGCUGGGCAGAUUGUCCUGCACUGUUUAAGGUACAUGGGCACAGGGCUCAUCCUCCAUGGCCACCAAUAUCUUUUCCAAACCAGAAAGGGAACUCAAAACAACAAAAUUCUGAUGCCCCACAGCCAGUGGGAUUCAUCAAGUGUUUUUUCACUGCUAUAAAGAUAUAGCCUAAGGCUGAUUCAAAGUUUAAGCAGCUUCAAGGUGUGGUAAUAUACAUAUAUACAUAUAUAAAGUGCAUUGUAUUCUUGACCAACACUAUGGAGAAAUCUUGUGUUGGUUCACGUCGCCAUGAUGAGACCGAAUUCGACUUGAAAGAAUGGGCUCUCAAGGCUCGAAUCAGCCGCGAAAACACAAGCUCGAGGAGGUUCUCGGCGUCGAAUCUGAGGAGUUUCAGAGAGGAUGAAAGAUCUUUCAGAUCAAAUUUAAGCAUUUCCAGCACUGCUUCCUCCCCUGGCUACACUGUUAGAGAGGAAAUUGACCCUUCAACAUAUUCAUUCACCACUGCUCUUAAAGCAUUACAGGCAAAAACUGUUUACACAUGGGAGUACAUUUCUCCGGACAGGGGCGGCGUAACUCUCAAUCCAAAGUGGAAUGAUGCAGAGAAAUACAUAUGCAAUCCUCUAUCAGGAGAAGUCCCUCUGGAGUGCCUCUCGACGAAAACUCUCAGCGGAAGAUCAUUCCGGAGCAUAACAAGCAGAAUCACCAUGUCUGCACCACUCAUCUAUCCUUCUCAAUUGCAGCCACAGCUUCAGGCCAAGUCUCCAAUCAUUGAACAGGACAACGAAUCCGCCAUUGUCACAAUCCAAGAGAAAAGGAAGAGCUCAACAAGGGAUGUGGGAACUCAAAGCACACCAGCUGAUCUAAGUUCUGGGAGCAGUCCAAGUCCAGCUCAAACUCCAUCAAUUGAAGAAAGAUCAAUAAAGCACACCAAGGCUGAGGGUGGGGAUUCAUCUGCUUCCAGUGGGAAAUUCAGAUCAGAAACCACAGAGGUGGAGAGGAAAGAAGAAGUCACAGGGGAGAAACAGGAGGGAGAGAGAGAGAUGAAUGGAGGAGGUGAGAGAAAGAAAGUGAUGAGAAAGCAGAGGGUGUGCAGGUGUGAUGGCAGCAGUAGCCAUGGAGGAUGCCUAUCAUUAAAGGGAUUGCUUCACAGGCAUAGGCACAAUAAACCAAGAAACACCAAUCUUACCUCCUCACCAAACUUUCUUUGCCAUAUCAAUGCUUGUUAUAAAGAAUAAUUGCUAUUUAUUUUUUUUUAUAUUUUUGGUAAAAAAAAAAAAAAAAGGUAAAAUCUUGCUAGCUUGUCACUAUAGAAAGAUUCUCCCAUGUCUCGAGUAUUUAUAUUACAUGUGUAUUAAUUAUUUCAUUAAUCCCUUAUUGUUUUUCUCUA